GGAAUAUUGAGCAAACCAUGCCGGACAUUUAACUUUCAUCUCUAUAUACCCCAUACCAUAUUGCGAAUACCAGUGCACACACCAGAACGUCAUCUGCGGAUUUAGUACGUCAAUGGGAACGUUACUAUGGAGUUUUGGAAUGUUCUAUACCUGUAUAUUGCUGUACAUUCCAUCCGUAUUGGAGUUAUUGACUCAAGAUUUUGUAAUGAAUCACGCAACACAUUGAAUGUGGUUCAGUCAUGUCCAACCUCGGAGGCUGAGGUCAACGAAAGGGCUAAGGAAAAAAAUUGUGAGAGUUUGGCUAAGUCUCAGAAUUGCUCAACUCCAUCCAAAUUCAAGUAUCAUUGUGUCAUAGAUGCCAAGGAGAUACAUUUAGUGGAAGUGUGUGCACCUGUAUACUUCAUGCUUGGGUAUUGUGCAGAAUACAAUGUGGAGGGUGCACGGAUUCAAGACCACUAUAAGAGGAAAUGUACAGAAUAUUCUCCACCUUGUCCAAACCGAUACAUUUCUACAGAUGCAUAUCAAGUCACUGGUUGUUAUGAACUCGUACAAGGGCGUGGGAAUUCGACUCCAUCAACGUCCCUUUCAGCCGAAAUCACCACAUUGCCUACGAUUGAUACAGCGUCAAAGAACGAUGUCUUUAUGCAUUACAAUUUGUGGAUUGUGUCUGUGGCUGUUCUUGUGGUUAUAAUCCUGAUAAUUUCAGCUCUAUAUUAUUUUCAGAGAAGAAAAGGCAAGUUAUUAAUUGUUUUUAAUAUUUGUUCAAAACAUAAACCAAAUUUAAGAUUGUGAUAAUAGUCUGAUUAAGUAUGCGCAGACAUGAAUUAUAUUUUUUUUAAAAGUUCAAGAUUUCUUUGUAUAUUUAUUAAGUGAGGAUGAAAUAACCGUGUUAUAAAAUUCUUAAGUUAUGGUAAAAAUCAUCGUAACUUUACGACGACAUAUGGAUGAUCUUGAGGUAGAAUAUUUUAGGGAAAAUGAAGACAAAUCUCUAUAUCUUUAAUAGAAGCAAAAUUCACACAUAAAUUUCACCGGAUGCUAUAAGAUUCUGAAAUGUAGCAUGAUUCAGUUGUCAUACGAAAUAAAAGAAAGUAAUGAUUAAUGAUAGUAAUAUACACACACAAUUGUGGUCAUGGAGAUUUCAGCAUAUUUCCAUUUUAUAAAAUGUAUAAUGACUGCGAAAUUUCCAGAUUUACAAAGGAGGAAUACUUUAUAAAAUUGUUUAAUCCCAAACUUAAUAGAACAUAACUGUGUAAAAUUGAAACUACAUUGAACUGAACUCUGUAAUUGAUUUCCAAGUGUUGUAUAAUAUUGUGUGUAUUAUAACGCUACCAGUGUAAUUUAUUAUGACGUCAAAAAGGACAAUUACUUACGUCGCGAUAGGUUGAUGUUACUUAGCAAUAUUAUUUCAUUUUAUAACUGCUUGAAGAGGCACUGAAGCCGAAAGCGCUAACAGUGAAAUGUUAUUCGAGUUUUGUGUUUCUUGACUUUUAUUAUUGGAUGUAUUUACCGUAUCAAAUACUGAAUUCUUUUUUACAAACUCUC